CGCUCUCGGAGCCGACCCGCCGCCCUCAGCCCCAGUCCGCGCCCUUCGCCCGUCCACAGACCCUGUCCUCUCCCCCUGCCAUUGCUCCGGGAGCUCUCGGGGCUGUUCUCCCUUUUGGAACCGGAAGUACUGCAGAGGUCUAGAGGGGGAGGGGCCUGACAGCAAUUUGUGCACCUCCCAGACUAGAACCGAGGUCCGGACCUCCCUCUCCUUAGCACCCCCAGUUCAUCCAAACUCAGCCGGUACCCUCACCUGACCCUAGAAUGAUUGAUCACCCCACCUCACCUCGAAGGACACCAGGAGGCUCGCCUCUCCCGUUAUAAACUAUGUUUUAUUUUUCAGAUUUUGAAGGACCCACUGGGCCACUUACCCAGCAUUAUUCGUGCCCCUGUUGCUGUGCAAAUUCUGACCAUCAAACACAAUAUCAGAAUUUCCUGGAUGAGACCCUUAAAGGCCCAGGAAAGCAGUCAGCCCCGCAAUUUCCAGGCCACUCCACACCAGAGAGGCUUUGCUAGGAGUAAGGGGGAACCACGUGGCUUAGAGUACCUUCAGAAUGCCACAGAGAAGGCGACCCCACUUUACAGAUGAGGAAGCUGAGGUUCCAGGGAAUUUGUUUACCUAGGAUCCCCCAGUAAGUCAGAGGCAGAGCUAGGCAGGGACCCUGGUGUGGAUUCUUUCUCUUGCAGACACAGCAUAGGACCCUGGAUGACCCCAAAAGACCUCUGAACAAGGCUGAACUGUGGGGAGCUAAAAUGUCAUUGUAGUUUACCUGUGUGAUCUCCCACACCAAGGACUCUGCCUGACUGGGGGUACUGAAUUACCGCUAGAAAGAACACAGGCUUUGUAGAAAGACUAGGUGUGGGUUUGAGUUCUGGCUCUUACCAGUGUGACCUUGGACGAGGCACUAGAGCUCUCUGAGUGUGGUUCCCAGAAGUAAAAUGGGGUCAGAGAUUCAGCUGCCUCCUUCCUGGUGCAGUGCCAAGACCAAGUGUGUGAAGAUCUUGAUAAACUAAUUCACUGCACAUGGUGCCCACGUAAGAGAUGAAGUUACUCUGUGGGUAACUGCCCGUUGGUGAUGAGUUGGGGUGCUGUUCCUGGGCACAGAGGCAGCCCAACAUGGAUCGAUCUGUCUUCUGGCAGCCAGGUGCAGGUGCUGCUGCCACGUUCAUUGUGCUUAGAUCCCCGUAGCACCCACAGGGUUGCCCGUCCUCCAGUGCCUCAGUGCGAAGGUGUGAACUCAGCGUGCCUCAGAGCCUCCCCACCAUGACCUCCAAAAAGCUGGUGAACACGGUGGCGGGCUGUGCCGACGAAGCCUUGGCUGGUCUGGUGGCCUGCAACCCCAACCUGCAGCUCCUGCACGGCCACCGCGUGGCUCUCCGUUCUGACCUGGACAGCCUCAAGGGCCGGGUGGCGCUGCUGUCGGGUGGGGGCUCUGGCCAUGAGCCUGCCCAUGCCGGUUUCAUAGGGAAGGGGAUGCUGACGGGGGUCAUCGCGGGGGCCGUGUUCACCUCCCCGGCGGUGGGCAGCAUCCUGGCAGCCAUCAGGGCAGUGGCCCAGGCGGGCACAGUGGGGACCCUCCUCAUCGUGAAGAACUACACUGGGGAUCGGCUCAACUUCGGCCUGGCCCGGGAGCAGGCCCGGGCUGAGGGCAUCCCCGUGGAGAUGGUGGUCAUUGGGGACGACAGUGCUUUCACAGUCCUGAAGAAGGCGGGCAGGCGGGGACUCUGCGGCACAGUGCUCAUACACAAGGUGGCAGGUGCCCUGGCUGAGGCAGGUAUGGGGCUGGAGGAAAUCACAAAUCGGGUGAGCGCGGUUGCCAAGGCCAUGGGGACCCUGGGAGUGAGCUUGUCCUCCUGCAGCGUCCCUGGCUCCAGACCCACCUUUGAGCUCUCACCGGAUGAGGUAGAGCUGGGCCUGGGGAUCCACGGGGAAGCUGGCGUGCGCCGGAUAAAGAUGGCAAGCGCCAACGAGAUUGUGACGCUCAUGUUGGACCACAUGACGGCCUCCUCCAGCGUGUCCCGGGUGCCUGUGCAAUCCGGCUCCUCAGUGGUGCUGAUGGUCAACAACCUUGGUGGCUUGUCAUUCCUGGAACUGGGCAUCAUAGCCGACGCUGCUGUCCGCACUCUAGAGGGCCGCGGGGUGAAGAUCGCCCGUGCCUUGGUGAGCACCUUCAUGACAGCCCUGGAGAUGCCCGGCAUCUCUCUCACUCUUCUGCUGGUGGAUGAGCCUCUCCUGAAACUGAUCGAUGCUGAAACCACCGCGUCAGCCUGGCCUAACGUGGCCAAGGUCUCUGUGACUGGGCGGAAGCGGAGCCGGGCCGCCCCUGCUGAGCCUCUGGAGGCCCCCGUUUCCACUGUUGCAGGAGGUUUGACCUCGAAGCGGGUGGUCCUCGUGCUGGAGCGGGUGUGCACCACCCUUCUGGGCCUGGAGGAGCAUCUGAAUGCCCUGGACCGUGCUGCCGGUGACGGGGACUGUGGCACCACCCACAGCCGCGCUGCCAGAGCCAUCCAGGGGUGGCUGAAGGAGGGCCCACCCCCUGCCAGCCCUGCCCAGCUACUCUCUAAACUGUCCCUCUUGCUUCUGGAGAAAAUGGGAGGCUCAUCUGGGGCGCUUUACGGCCUGUUCCUGACUGCAGCGGCCCAGCCACUCAAGGCCAAGACUGACCUACCAGCCUGGUGUGCUGCCAUGGAUGCCGGCCUGGAGGCCAUGCAGAAGUACGGGAAGGCUGCUCCAGGGGACAGGACCAUGCUGGAUUCCCUGUGGGCAGCAGGACAGGAGCUCCAAGCCUGGAAAAGCCCAGGGGCCAAUCUGUUGCAAGUUUUGACCAAAGCAGUCCAGAGCGCAGAAGCUGCAGCCGAGGCCACCAAGAACAUGGAAGCUGGAGCUGGAAGAGCCAGUUACAUCAGCUCUGCGCGGCUGGACCAGCCAGACCCUGGGGCAGUGGCAGCCGCAGCCGUCCUCCGCGCCAUCCUGGAGGCCUUGCAGGGCCAGGGCGUGUGAGGGCCUCCUGGGCCUCGGUGCCUCUCUCACUGCUGUGCAGAGGUGACCACUGUCGCUUCCUCCUGUCUUCCAACUGUUAUCCUCCCUCACCGCUGGCCCCCAGGGCCUUGUCCUGAGUUCAGCAGGGAACCUCUACCAGCCUCCAGAAUUCCUACAGGAACGGCAGGCCGAGUGGGUCGUGUACCACUUUGGCCCUGCCUUUCCCCUCUUCACGGAGGUGGAAUUUGGGGGUCACCCCCUCUGCCCCCAGCCACCUCCGGGCCUCCACGAUAGGCAUUUUCCUUGGGUGACAAUAUGGCCUUGAACUGGCCAUGCUGAUUCAGUUUUAAGGCUCUUUGUGGAAGGCCUUCUGACGUUGAGUGAGUGUAGAAAAGCAAGCGAAUAAAAAACCACAUAGAAGCAAGAGCUCCUGCUUCUGCUGAGG